AUGGCUCCCUCUAUAACCGAAACCGUCUCACUCCACUCGGCACCAAAGACCUCUCUUAGGACCGAUGCUGGUCACAAUAAGGAGAAUGGGGUAGGAUACCGUGAAACUUAUCAGCAUGACAAUGAGAUCAAAGGAACCGCAAAACAGCCGCCGGCAGCUUUCCCGAAGUAUCUCCCCGUCUGGGAUAACGAAACAGAGAAAUACCCACCUCUUCAACCCUUUGAGCACUAUGACCAUGGCAAGGAUGCCGACCCAACUUUCCCCGAUCUCUUCCCUGAGGGCAAGGGCGAGGUGGAGGAGCUUACCCCAACCAUUGGUAGCGAAGUUCAAGGUAUCCAACUGAGUCAGUUGACCGAUAAGGGUAAAGAUCAGCUGGCUUUGUAUAUCGCACAAAGGAAGGUUGUCGCUUUCCGAGACCAGGACUUCGCCCAGCUCCCCAUCGAGAAAGCCCUUGAGUUUGGUGGUUAUUUCGGUAGACACCACAUUCAUCAGAGCUCUGGAGCACCUAAAGGCUUCCCCGAGAUUCACCUCGUUCACCGUGGAGCAGACGAUAGGAGUGGAGCUGAAUUCCUGGAAACCCACACCAACUCGCUUACUUGGCACUCUGAUGUUACCUUCGAAAAACAGCCUCCUGGCACUACAUUCCUGUACUUGUUGGAUGGCCCGACAAGCGGCGGAGAUACUCUGUUCUGUAACAUGGCCCAGGCUUACAGACGGUUGUCACCUGAGUUCCGCAAGCGACUGCAUGGGCUAAAGGCUGUUCACUCUGGUGUCGAGCAGGUCAACAACAGUCUGAACAAGGGCGGUAUUGCACGGCGCGACCCAAUAACCACCGAGCACCCAAUUGUGAGGACACAUCCCGUCACUGGGGAGAAAGCUCUUUUCGUGAACCCACAAUUUACCCGAUACAUCGUUGGAUACAAGAAGGAAGAGUCCGACUUCCUCCUCAAAUUCUUAUACGAUCAUAUUGCCUUGUCCCAAGACAUUCAGACUCGCGUAAGGUGGCGACCGAAUACCGUGGUUGUUUGGGAUAACCGAGUCGUUGCACACAGUGCCAUUUUCGACUGGGAGGAUGGUCAGAGGCGUCAUCUGGCAAGAAUCACACCACAGGCGGAAAGACCGUACGAAACUCCAUUCGAAGGAUAG